UCGGUUGGGUUGGGUGCCAAGAUGGCGGAGGAGGCGCUGGAGCUCUUAGCCCGCGUGUCCCGGCUGGAGGAGCCGCUGGAGGAGCUGCGGGCCCUGGGGGUGGCCGUGCAGGCCCUGCCGCUGAGCGCUCUGAGGGAGCGGGCGCCCGACAUCCGCCUCGGAAGCCUCUUCGCUCUGCUCAACGUGAACGACAGAGAACAGGUUGCUUUAUGUGUUUCUAUCUUGGAGCGGUUUCUUCAGGCAGUGGAUCCAUUGUAUGUAAUCCAAAACUUCAGAGAAGAACUUCAAAAAGGACUCUUUCAUCCUGAUGAUUCAGUUAAACUUCUUACUGUAGCUCAGGUUGGAAGAAUAGUUGAAAAUUCAGAUGCUGUUAGAGAAAUUCUCAAUAAUCCUGAAUUACUAAGGCAAAUCAUUUAUUGCAUUGGUGGAGAGAAAAUAGCUGUAGCUAAAGAGGCUAUCAAAUCACUGUCGAGAAUAGCACAGACUCAAGAUGGGCUGGAGGCUUUAUUUGCAAGCAAUUUUUUAGUUGACUUGAAAAAUGUCAUGGCAACAAGUGAUGUUGUACGAUACAGAGUAUAUGAGUUAAUUGUUGAGAUUUCUUCAGUGUCUGCGGUUUCUUUGAAUUACUGUGCAAACAGUGGAUUAAUAUCUGAGCUAAUUGAAGAACUGACUGGAGAUGAUGUGCUGGUCAGAGCUACCAGUAUAGAGAUGGUGACCUCAUUGGCAUACACUAAGCAUGGACGUCAAUAUCUUGCCCAGCAAGGAAUCAUUGAUAAAAUUUCCAAUAUAAUCAUUGGGGCAGAUUCUGAUCCUUUCUCAGGCUUCUAUUUGCCAGGAUUUGUGAAAUUUUUUGGAAAUCUGGCUAUUGUAGACAGCCCACAGCAGAUCUGUGAACGAUAUCCCAUCUUUAUGGAAAAAGUAUUUGGAAUGGCCGAAGGCCAUGACCCAACCAUGAUUGGAGUGGCUGUGGACACGCUUGCAAUCCUGGGAUCAAAUGUGGAAGGAAAACAGGUUUUACAGAAAUCUGGGAGUAGAUUUCAACAUCUGUUAAACAGAAUCGGGCACCAGGCAAAGAAUCCCCCAGCAGAGCUAAGACUUCGAUGUUUGGAUGCCAUAUCAUCGCUUCUUUACUUGCCACCAGACCAGCAAACAGAAGACCUGCUAGGAAUGACUGAAUCCUGGUUUGCUGCCUUGUCUAGCCAGCCAUUGGAACUCUUCAGAAGUAUUGGUACUCAGCCAUUCCCUGAUCUCCACUGUGGGGCUUUAAGAGUGUUUACUGCUAUUGCAAACCAACCAUGGGCACAAAAACUGAUGCUUGACAGUCCAGGAUUUGUGGAAUAUAUUGUAGACAGAUCUGUGGAACCUGACAAAGCUUCAAAGGAUGCCAAAUAUGAACUGGUUAAGGCCCUUGUAAAUUCCAAAACAAUAGCUGAAAUAUUUGGAAACCAAUACUACUUAAGGCUGAGGGCUUAUCUGCAGGAAGGUCCUUAUUACGUUAAGGCUGUUUCUACUACUGCUGUGGAAGGGGCAGAAUAAUAUCAGCGUCAUCACAUUUUUUCCUUUUUAGCAAUCCAGUGUUACUGGAGCAGUGGUUGGUCCAAAAUGGCUCCAGUUUAGAGGCUCUAACCUCAUGAAAGAAACUUUAGAAAGCAUUUGACUCAGUUGUUUUAAUCUGAAAACAACUACGAGUCAGGAGAGUAAUUCUCAAACAGCCGUAGGGCACUUUAAAGCAUCAUGGUGUACAUAAAUCCGCUUCCUGUACAUUUAUAAUGUUGUUUUGAUAUAACCUUGUCUAAUGACUGACAUAAGCAGUUUAGUUUAUUACAAUUACACUAGCUACUUUUGGGGGCUUUCAUGCCUACAGGAGAUGGUGCAAAAAUAAUUGUUUUUUUUUCCAGUUUGGUUUGCUGGAUGUAAGUCUUGUAUAAACAAACAGUUCUGAAUGUUCUUUACAUCUUAUGGGGAAAGUGAACAUGAAAAAUCUUACAUUUUUAAAGAUACUGUCUGAUAAAGUGAGUGUUAAAUCAAAUUGGAAGCUGCCUUUUUUUUUUUUUUUUUUUUUUUUUUUUUU